CCUCUUUCGGUCAUUCGUUACGAUUGCGUAGAAAACUAUGAUUGGGACUUGGGAGUUGUCUAGAACCACCUUCUAUGUUCACCCAUAAAGGGGCACAACUGUCCUUUUCAUAAAGAAAACUAAAUAAGCCCGGUAAUUUCUGACCGUUGGGCCUUCCGUCGAGUCCACCACCUGGACCCAUAAUCAUCAUCAGAAACAGUAUUAUUCCCACUGCCAAAUUCGCUAAUCGCCUUAUCAGAUUUGCUCAGUCCUUGCUCACUCAACCGUCCGUUAAGUCCCCCAAUGGCGGAGCCGUACGGAACCAACGGCGGAGUCCACGUGGACGUUACCGACAACGACGGCGAGAUCCACACCAACCGGGAGGAGACUCUCUACGGCAUCUUCCACCGUCUGAUUGUUGAGAUCCUCUUCCCCGGCUCCACCAGUGCCGGUGCUGCUGCUCCGCUGUUUCAACGGAUCAAAACCUCUCUAGCCAAGAACGGUCCGUUGCUUCACGAAGCUUCCAGAAACAGUGGGCGAAACGUUCUUCUCUGGACUCGGAGGGGGAGCCCUCUCCGUGCACUGCUAGUCAUCUCUGUGAGUAUUGUUGGCACGAUUACUCUUCUUGCCUUGACAGGGUUGCUUGUCUUCACGCUUUUCUUCGCGGCAGCAACUUUCAAUGCCGUUGCUAUCUCUCUCCUACUUUCUCUGGCAGCUGCAGGAGGAUUCUUGGCCAUUUUCUUUGCCUGUGUAACAGUGAUAUACAUUGGAGCGUUAUCAGUGGCUCUUUUUGUUAUUUCCGCCACAACAAUAUCUGCAAUUGGAGCUGUUCUGAUAGCUACAGGUUGGAUUGGAUUCUUUUGGAUCAUGUGGCUGGCAACAACGAAAUCUCUAGGCCUUGCUAAGCAAUCGUUGAAUGUGACUGGUUCGGUGAUUUCAGCUUACUCUUACGGUAGGCAUGCUCGCCAUCAUUCAGCGAUAGGUAAAGCUUCCAAUUGAAGAUUAAUAAAAAGAAAUUGUCCGAUUGAAGCAUAUGCCAGGUUUCUAGGCCCUUCCUGAGAUCUAUGACAACGUCGUUUCUUAUCUGCAGUUUGAUACAUAUUUGUUGGACUACUAUUAAGGCAAGAUAGGCCAGCUAUUGUAUAGGUUUUACCUAGUUUGUCUAUUUUCUUGUCCAUAUGCAACUACCAUGUAUUGGCCGAUUUUGUAUAAUUAAACGCAGCCACUCUUCCCUCGAGGAGUUGUGAUCUGUUGACGAA